AUGGAGAACUACAGCAAGGUCCGCAGCGUGGAGCAUCCGUCUGUAUGUCCUUUCAGCGUGCCCGCCGAUACACCGGAGGUGCGGGUCAAAGAUGGCAGCAAGAUCCGUAACCUGUUACGCUUCGCCCUGGGCCGCAUGGAGGCCAAACCCAAGGUAGACGAGGAGGGAGAAGAGGUAAGCGAGGCAGACCGCGGUCCGCCGGGACCUCCCGCCCGGCCCCUCUGCCGCCAGCUGGUGUUCACGGCGAGCGGCAAGGGCGUAUCCAAAGCUAUCACGUGCGCCGAGCUGGUAAAAAAGCGCAUUCGCGGCCUUCAUCAGCAGACCUCGUUGGCCAGCAACACGCUAACGGACGUGUGGGAGCCCCUGGAGCCGGCCGCCGGCCUCGACGGCCUCACCGUCAGCAGAAAGCUGCCCGUCAUUUGGAUUCUCCUUUCUAAGGACCCUCUGGACCAAAGCCUUCCCGGGUACCAAGCGCCCGGACGCUGUGAUAACUUGUGGCCCGGUGAGGAGAAAGAAGAGGCGGGGCCGUACAAGAGGAAGAGGGGCACCGGCAGAGGCGGGGGAGGCAGAGGAAGGGGUGGAGGGCGCCACGCGGGACGUCCUCGGGACAUUUACGCACCAUGCUGA